AUGCCUCCGCGCGUGGCGGAGGCGCCGUCCGCACAGCAAGUGCACGCGCGUCUGGCGGACCUCUUACUGCUGGCGGCGCACGAGCCGUCAGCGGCGCUCACGGGCAUGCAGCAGCGCGUGCACACCGCUGUUCCCACGCUCGUGGCGCUCAAGGUGGGGACUCGGGUGGGUGGUGCUCGCGGCGCGUGCAUGGGAGUGUGCCAGCGCAAGGGGGAUCGCAUUUCUCACACGCUGCCAUGCAGCAGCGCAUGUAUGCAAGCUUACCUGGCCCCUCAUGGCUCUCAAGGUAACCACUCUGCCCCUUCCCCCCAUUCCCCCCCAUCACCCCCCCAUCCGCCCCCUCCCCCCCCAUCACCCCCCAUCCGCCUCCAUCCCCCCACCGUCUUCCCCAUCGCCCCCAACCAGGCCGACACGCUCACCUGCUCACGGGAGGCCGAGUUCGCCAGCGCUGACGUGGCGGACUGCCACGUCAUCGCCCGCUGCAUGACAGCUGGCGGCCCGGCGUCCCUGCAGCGCAUGCUGGCGCGCCUGGCCGCCGCGAAGCCCCUCCUGCCGUCCCUGCGCGGCGCCAAGGACGUGCCGCCACGCCCCCUCCCCUCCGUGCGUACCGCCACGGACACACAAGGUGCCGCCAAAGGCACACCAGUGCCACAGCAGCAGCACGGAGCCCAUGCUGCUGCUGCUGCUGCUGCCUGUGCUGGUAGCGCAGCAUGCCUCCUGGAUUCCUCCCAGCUGGAACCGCAACCCGGCAGGGCCAGGCUGGAAGUACAGGCAGGGUCAGGCCCACGCACUGCUGCUGACGCGGGUGCAUGUUGCAACAAGCAUAGUGCUGAGGGGGAUGCCUCGCCACGUGCUGCUGGGGGAGAGGGUCAGGGAGAGGGAGAGGGUGUGAGAAGUGGCGGUGGUGAUGGUGUACAGGCAGUUGGCAGUGAGAAGGAUGCAGCUGGGGUGUCUGCUCCUGACGUGCCUCGCCAAGAGGGGGCAGGGCCGGCUGUCAUGGGUGGUGGACGGCUGGUGGGGCUGGGCAGUGCAAGUGACCAGGCUGCUCGGGAACAGAGCGGCGAGCGAGUGUCGGGGAGCGGGGGUGGGGACCGGAGCAGAGAGGAGGUGGUGGAUGGGGGGGAAGGGGGCGGGUUGAGGAAAGGGGAGGGGGAGGGAGGGGUGGCAGGAGAGGGAGGAGCAGGGGCAGAGGCUGAAUGGGUGGCUAGAGGGAAAAGGGCUAAUGCGGUGGGGAGGGGUGGAGCAGGAGGAGGAGCAGUGGAGGUGGUUGUUAGUGCAUCUGCUUCUCUCACUGAUGAUGUGGCAGCUGUUGCUUCCAGUUCUGACGUGGCAUCUAUGGGUUCUGGUGCUGACGUGGCAGAAGCACGGGUGGCUGUGGCUGACAGGGCAGGUGUGAGGAGGGCACUGAUGGGGCCAGCAGCACUGCUUGCUUUCAUCAACGAUGGAGCUGAGGACACUGCUGAAGAUGCUAGUAUCGGGGCAGCUACUACGGGGGAUGCACAAACAAGCAUAUCAAGCCGGUUGCUAAGGCUUAUCUCCCCUCCCAGCCUGCUGUGGCAGUCUCAACAACCGCUGCGGAAAAAGGAGGGUGGAUCUUCAGAGUUACCCCAUGGUAACAAGAUAGGAGAAGAGCAGAGGUUGAGAUUGGAGGCGUGGCUCGAUGAUAAAUAG